AUGCCCCUGUUUAUACUUUCGGGCCUUCCGUCACGCGCAAAGAAGGAUCUUUUCUGCGACAUACUGCAGCAGGUUAUUAGAAAAUACAGCACGAAUAAUGGUGAGAAUGCAGAAGGCACACAGGAAAAAACAAUUGACUCAGUUCUUGUUGUCAUUCAGAACUCUGUCAGCGUAGAUGCAAAAAAAGAGACGGCCACUAUGCGCUCAAUUAUCCAGAAUAAUUUGAGCAAGCGCGUGCUGGUUGCAAUAUAUGCGCCACUGCACAUCAAGGGUCUUAGGUACGAAAUAUCCUCCACUGCAAAGAAUAUGGGGAUAGACAUGGCCCACGUGUACUGUUCUGCAGAGUACCAGGCUGAAGGUGAAAUAAGCCUGCCAGAGAUGGAGGAAGUGCUUCAGGGGAAAGGCAGUGUGCUUGAUAUAAGCACAAAAACAGAAAAAACCGAGGAGUUUUCAGUGGUGUCACGUAUAUUUGAGACCCCAAGAAGAACAGACAAGUGGGAUGCGCCGUGCUUUAUAGCAGACUCUGCAAAUAUUAAGGUUUGUGCAGAGACAGCAGGAGACAAAGUGUGGGCUCUUUUGCAGAAUGUUGUCAAGCCAAGGACAUCUUCUAAAAAACUGACAGGAGGAACGCUCAAUACAAAGUAUCUGCAGAGUGUAAAGGAGAUUAUUAAUAGGGUUUUGGAGGAAAAGAGAAAAAGCACAGAAAUUCCUCUUAAAAUAGCGCGGCAGGCAGAGAUAGAUGUUCUCAGCUCAAUACGCACUACGCCUCCUCCACUGGAGAAGGUGCAAGAGAUAUUUCUUUUUUUCUUGGAAAAGUAUCUUAGUGGGUAG